AUGACUGCUUUAAUAUGUAAUGAACCUUAAUUGUAAAAAGAGAAGAAAUAAAAUUAUAAUUUAAUGAUGUGCUCUAAUAAAUGUAGGAUAAAUAGAUCAAAAUCUACUCAUCCUUCUUUGAGAGAAUUGUAAACUGAUACAUUUACAAUUACUUUAACAGAAAGGACAUUGCCUGCAAAAAAGAUUUCAAUUUUACUUCCAUUAAAAAAUGCAGUUGAAAAAAUAAUAAGAUCCAAAAAUAGAGAAAUCUUUACUAGAAGGAAAUCUUGUUAUGGUAUUAUUUUUGGAAUAAAUUAACAAAAAUAAAUGAUAAAUUUUCCUACUUCAAUAGAAAUGCAUAAGAAAAUUAAUGGUAAAGAAUUUGCUCUCUCAAGCUUUGCUGAUUUAUUAAAAAAAAAUUAAAGAAAGACAACAAAGCGUCCUAGUAUAGCUCGUAAACUCUCGAAAUAAAUGUCAUUAAUUGGUAAUUUUAAUAAUGAUAUUUUCAAGAAUAUGAUAAUAUGGAAAGACCACCAUCUUGUAAAACACCAAGAGAAACAAAGGUUACUUUAUUUAAAAAGAAGAAUUCGACAACAUUAAUUAAAGAUAAAUACAUUUAAGGAUAAAAACUAAAAUUGUUUCAUUUUAUGAAUGAUUCUAAAUCUAGAAAAAUAUAAUUAAGUUCAAUACCUUUUAGAAAUUCAAUUAAACCUAGAGGAGAAACUAUGAAAUUAAAAACUUGUAUUACAGAAUUAUAAAGUACAUAGAGAAGUCCAACAUUAAGCUAUAGAACUACUACUUAUUCUAGACCUUAUUAAAAGUAGAAUGAAUUACUUUCAAAAAUAAUAAAAACUGAACAUAAAAAUAGAACUUAUUGUUAUCCUAAAUCCACUAUUAAUGCAUUCGGUUAUUGA